AUGUUCACGUACCGCAUCACACCGCACACUACAACUGGUUUCUCUCCAUACCAACUACUCUUUGGUCGCUUUGCCAAGAUCGCAGUCGAGACCAACUUCAAAGUCAAUCCACUGUCUGGAGAGAUUGUCCUCCAGAAGCCUGAGUCGUACGCCGAAGAGUUAGAGAACUCUUUGAAGUUUGGCUACUACCAAUCAUACAAGAACAAGAUGGCCCGCAAUGAAGCCAACCUGUUCAGUCACAAUCGUGGUCGUUCUGUUCCACAGUACAAGACUGUCAACGUGGAUCGAAUGAAGCCUGCUGCCUAA